ACUCUUGCCUCCGGAGCCCUCUGAUCCUGUUUGCAGUGAUGCUCCGAGGGCAGGCACCUGCUGCUCUGUAAUGAUUCAGCCCCUUUCAGCCGUCGUCGCGUUAACACAACAGGAUGCUGUUGCUAUUGUCACUACUGCCUCUCCUGCCGCCGCCGCUGCUGCCGCCGCCGCCGCCGCCGCUGGUCCUCCUUCUGCUUUUACUUCUCCUGCAUGACAGUUGUUUUCUUCAUCUGAGCAGACACCAGCUUCAAAUGCUCGAGGUGAGAAACAUGCCUUUCAGUUUGGGCUACUGGUUUACUUAAUUAACCAGCCAGCAGCUCCGUCGAUCUAUUUUGGUCCCUGUCCUCUUGACGAGCCCGGGAUGGUUUGGAGUAGCAUUUAAAAGAACUAGAAAAGUGGCCCAGAAACAGCAGCUUAAAGAAUUAUUACGAUAUACUUUGAUUUUGUAGUUGCUAGGAGCUUUUCUUUCCCCCCUUGCAUCUUUCUGAACUCUUCUUGAUUUUAAUAAUGGCCUUGGACUUGGACGAUUUAUCGAUUUCCCCCUGUAAGAUGCUGUAUCAUUUGGUUGGGGGGGCCUCUGCGUGGUAAUGGACCGUGAGAGCGGCCAGGCCUUCUUCUGGAGGUGAGCCGAUGGAGAUUUAUUCCCCAGACAUGUCUGAGGUCGCCGCCGAGAGGUCCUCCAGCCCCUCCACUCAGCUGAGUGCAGACCCAUCUCUUGAUGGGCUUCCGGCAGCAGAAGACAUGCCAGAGCCCCAGAAUGAAGAUGGGAGAACCCCUGGACUCGUGGGCCUGGCUGUGCCCUGCUGUGCGUGCCUAGAAGCUGAGCGCCUGAGAGGUUGCCUCAACUCAGAGAAAAUCUGCAUUGUCCCCAUCCUGGCUUGCCUGGUCAGCCUCUGCCUCUGCAUCGCCGGCCUCAAGUGGGUAUUUGUGGACAAGAUCUUUGAAUAUGACUCUCCUACUCACCUUGACCCUGGGGGGUUAGGCCAGGACCCUAUUAUUUCUCUGGACCCAACUGCUGCCUCAGCUGUGUGGGUGUCGUCUGAGGCAUACACUUCACCUGUCUCUAGGGCUCAAUCUGAAAGUGAGGUUCAAGUUACAGUGCAAGGUGACAAGGCUGUUGUCUCCUUUGAACCAUCAGCGGCACCGACACCGAAGAAUCGUAUUUUUGCCUUUUCUUUCUUGCCGUCCACUGCGCCAUCCUUCCCUUCACCCACCCGGAACCCUGAGGUGAGAACGCCCAAGUCCGCAACUCAGCCACAAACAACAGAAACUAAUCUCCAAACUGCUCCUAAACUUUCUACGUCUACAUCCACCACUGGGACAAGCCAUCUUGUAAAAUGUGCGGAGAAGGAGAAAACUUUCUGUGUGAAUGGAGGGGAGUGCUUCAUGGUGAAAGACCUUUCAAACCCCUCGAGAUACUUGUGCAAGUGCCAACCUGGAUUCACUGGAGCAAGAUGUACUGAGAAUGUGCCCAUGAAAGUCCAAAACCAAGAAAAGGCGGAGGAGCUGUACCAGAAGAGAGUGCUGACCAUAACCGGCAUCUGCAUCGCCCUCCUUGUGGUCGGCAUCAUGUGUGUGGUGGCCUACUGCAAAACCAAGAAACAGCGGAAAAAGCUUCAUGACCGUCUUCGGCAGAGCCUUCGGUCUGAACGAAACAAUAUGAUGAACAUUGCCAAUGGGCCUCACCAUCCUAACCCACCCCCCGAGAAUGUCCAGCUGGUGAAUCAAUACGUAUCUAAAAACGUCAUCUCCAGUGAGCAUAUUGUUGAGAGAGAAGCAGAGACAUCCUUUUCCACCAGUCACUAUACUUCCACAGCCCAUCACUCCACUACUGUCACCCAGACUCCUAGCCACAGCUGGAGCAACGGACACACUGAAAGCAUCCUUUCCGAAAGCCACUCUGUAAUCGUGAUGUCAUCCGUAGAAAACAGUAGGCACAGCAGCCCAACUGGGGGCCCAAGAGGACGUCUUAAUGGCACAGGAGGCCCUCGUGAAUGUAACAGCUUCCUCAGGCAUGCCAGAGAAACCCCUGAUUCCUACCGAGACUCUCCUCAUAGUGAAAGGUAUGUGUCAGCCAUGACCACCCCGGCUCGUAUGUCACCUGUAGAUUUCCACACGCCAAGCUCCCCCAAAUCGCCCCCUUCGGAAAUGUCUCCACCCGUGUCCAGCAUGACGGUGUCCAUGCCUUCCAUGGCGGUCAGCCCCUUCGUGGAAGAAGAGAGACCUCUACUUCUCGUGACACCACCGAGGCUGCGGGAGAAGAAGUUUGACCACCACCCUCAGCAGUUCAGCUCCUUCCACCACAACCCCGCGCAUGACAGUAACAGCCUCCCUGCUAGCCCCUUGAGGAUAGUGGAGGAUGAGGAGUAUGAAACGACCCAAGAGUACGAGCCAGCCCAAGAGCCUGUUAAGAAACUCGCCAAUAGCCGGCGGGCCAAAAGAACCAAGCCCAAUGGCCACAUUGCUAACAGAUUGGAAGUGGACAGCAACACAAGCUCCCAGAGCAGUAACUCAGAGAGUGAAACAGAAGAUGAAAGAGUAGGUGAAGAUACGCCUUUCCUGGGCAUACAGAACCCCCUGGCAGCCAGUCUUGAGGCAACACCUGCCUUCCGCCUGGCUGACAGCAGGACUAACCCAGCAGGCCGCUUCUCGACACAGGAAGAAAUCCAGGCCAGGCUGUCUAGUGUAAUUGCUAACCAAGACCCUAUUGCUGUAUAAAACCUAAAUAAACACAUAGAUUCACCUGUAAAACUUUAUUUUAUAUAAUAAAGUAUUCCACCUUAAAUUAAACAAUUUAUUUUAUUUUAGCAGUUCUGCAAAUAGAAAACAGGAAAAAAACUUUUAUAAAUUAAAUAUAUGUAUGUAAAAAUGUGUUAUGUGCCAUAUGUAGCAAUUUUUUACAGUAUUUCAAAAUGAGAAAGAUAUCAAUGGUGCCUUUAUGUUAUGUUAUGUCGAGAGCAAGUUUUGUACAGUUACAGUGAUUGCUUUUCCACAGUAUUUCGGCAAAACUUCUCAUAGAUUCAGUUUUUGCUGGCUUCUUGUGCAUUGCAUUAUGAUGUUGACUGGAUGUAUGAUUUGCAAGACUUGCAACUGUCCCUCUGUUUGCUUGUAGUAGCACCCGAUCGGUAUGUCUUGUAAUGGCACAUCCAUCCAGAUACGCCUCUCUUGUGUAUGAAGUUUUCUUUGCUUUCAGAAUAUGAAAUGAGUUGUGUCUACUCUGCCAGCCAAAGGUUUGCCUCAUUGGGCUCUGAGAUAAUAGUAGAUCCAACAGCAUGCUACUAUUAAAUACAGCAAGAAACUGCAUUAAGUAAUGUUAAAUAUUAGGAAGAAAGUAAUACUGUGAUUUAAAAAAACUAGAUUAUUAAUCAGAAGACAGCUUGCUCUUACUAAAAGGAGCUCUCAUUUACUUUAUUUGAAUUUAUUUUUCUUGACAAAAAGCAACAGUUUUAGGGAUAGCUUAGAAAAUGGGUUCUGGCUUGCUAUCAGGGUAAAUCUAACACCCUUCAAGAGGACUGAGUGUCACUUUCUCUCUGGGGGAAUGAUCCAGCAGCUUAUCUAGUUGACGAUCAAACCACAGCUGAUAAAGGUGCAAUCAUUUCUGACAUGUAUUUUUCACUGAUUUUGAAGCUAGUGAUUGGUUGUGUCUUCUUGGCUCAAAAAGAAGCAUAUUACGGCACAAAAAGCCCAGCCCAGACAGCACAUGCAGCAUUUUGUCUGAAAUACUUCUAGAGUCAAACGUGCCUGCUGUACAUAGCGGUGACUUGUCAUCAUAGGGAAGUAUUUCCAUCGUACAGUGUUCAGAAGGAGUGACUGUAUAGGUGGAGAGAAGCUUAGUGACUCCGUUGAAAUUUUAGAAUGUGGAUGACCACCCCUUUCUCCCCCUUAUUUUUAUCUUUCCAUGUUGCCUUGAUCAGGUCAUAACUAUGCAUGAACAUUUUUUAUCAGGAAUGGCCGAUGUGUAUGUGAUUUGUAAUCACAAGUAAUGAUUCAUCAGGCAAUGUCAAUCCUGUUGGAAAGAUUGCAUCUUUACUUGCAGAAGUGACCCCCACCUGUGUCCUGACCUCUCCAUUUACAGGCUCGCUCACCCAUUUCCCCCACCUCCUUUAAUUUUUGCUUUACUGUCAUAAAGUAGGACUAAGAUUGGUCUAAGCAUUGCAUGUUCUUUUGUGAUGGUAAAUCCAAAGGAAGGCCUAUAAGUAUUAACAUUUGAAAUAACUGCUGAUUCAGGAAAAUGGAAGAAAAAAGAUUAUUUGAAACACAGAACCCAUUCCAUGGCCUGCCUGAUAUCUGUGAAAUCAGGGCUGGAGCUUUACUUAGGAUUCACAUGGCCUCCUAGGAACCAUGGGAUAAAUGGGAAACAGGUUAUCGGGGGGUUCAUGAAGUCAGUGAGAGUAAUUGCUUCUUUUUUGCGGGUGAACUGAGUAUAUUUCUUCACCAAAUCUUGAUGUUAACAAUUAAAAAGAAGAAAUGACAUGCAAGUAGGUCUUAGCAGAAAAAUGCAGGCUGGGCAUGAGUCAUGUUGUUACGCUCCCACAUGCUCCUACAAUCCACAGAGAUGCCUGUCUGCAGGUUCUUGAAGUUACUGUUAGUAUUUGGUAUCUCAAAUUUUCCAUCACUGUUCACAUGCCACUUUCUCUGUGCUCAGUGGUAUCCUCAUUUGCUUUUUAACCUACACUGAGGAGUCUUUGUCAGGUUGCACUGAUUUUCCAAUUCUGCAGUAAUGAGUAAGCUCAUGGCAUGGGGAAGAAGACAGUCAGUCCAAUGAAGUUCUCUAAAUUAUUUUAACAUUGCUUUUGAAGGCCUUGACUCAUCCUUAGCUAUUUCAAUGAAGAAAUUCCUACCAUGAAUUUAAAACCCUAAAAAUUCUGUUUCAAAUUCUUUGGGCAUUGGGGUACUCAGAUAUCCCAUUGUGGAAGAAUUUUAAGAAUAAAUAGAAGUUUCUGUUGAGAACCAUGAGCAACAUGUUUCUUACAAUGAAAAUUGCUAUGCAUUUUAAAAUUGCAAAUAUAUAUGAAAAUUGAAGACAAGAGGAAAUUGUAUUUCUAAUUUGAUUCUGAUCACUCACAGAGGUGGCAUAUUAUUAUAGUUGGGACAUCCUUUGCACCCUUGAUAAAAAAGGCCAGCUGACUGCUCAGCAUCACCUGCCAAGGCCACUAGAUUUGUGUUUACAGGGGUAUCUCUGUGAUGCUUGUCACAUCACUCUCGACCACCUCUGUUAAUAAAUUCUGGCAGUGCAGUGGCGAUUGGAGUGUGAACUUAUGUUCCCAGCAUAUGGAAAGCUAUCUUAGGUUUUAAGGUAGUAGAAAUUGCCCAGGAGUUUGACAGCAACUUUGUCUCCCGGGUCUAAAAUCGUAUCCCACUGAGGUGUAUGCAGUGGAGCAUAAUACAUGCAAAUACAUGCAAAACUCCUUUUGUUUCACCUAAGAUUCACUUUCUAUCUUACUUUCCCUUCCUGCCUAGUGUGACUUUUGCCCCCAAGAGUGCCUGGACAGCAUUCUAGUUUCUACAAAAUGGUCCUCUGUGUAGGUGAAUGUGUCCCAAACCUGCUAUCUCUUUCUUGUUUCAGUGUGACUGUCUUGUUAGAGGUGGAGUUUAUCCAGGGUAACUUGCUCACUAACUAUUCCUUUUUAUGGCCUGGGGUUAAAGGGCGCAUGGCUCACAUUGGUGAAAAUAAGGAAGGCCUGGUCUUAUCUUGUAUUAAUAAUACUGGCCGCAUUCCACCAGCCAGAGAUUUCUAUCUGCGAAGACCUAUGAAACACUGAAGAGAAAUGUAGGCAGAAGGAAAUGGCCACAUAUCACAAGUUCUAUUAUAUAUUCUUUUGUAAAUACAUAUUGUAUAUUACUUGGAUGUUUUCUUAUAUCAUUUACUGUCUUUUUGAGUUAAUGUCAGUUUUUACUCUCUCAACUUACUAUGUAACAUUGUAAAUAACAUAAUGUCCUUUAUUAUUUAUAUUUAAGCAUCUAACAUAUAGAGUUGUUUUCAUAUAAGUUUAAGAUAAAUGUCAAAAAUAUAUGUUCUUUUGUUUUUCUUUGCUUUAAAAUUAUGUAUCUUUUCCUUUUCUUUUUUUUAAGAAUAAUUUAUUGUUCAGGAGAAAGAAUGUAUAUGUAACUGAAACUAUCUGAAGAAUGCACAUUGAAGGCCGUGAGGUACUGAUAAACUAAAGAAUUUAUUAUUCAAAAUACUAAGCAAUAAGUAAUUGUGAUUUAUUUAAAGUUUUGUCCAUUUUCCAUGAAAGACAUACUGCAAUAAAAAUGCUACUCUGUGGA